UCCUCCACCUCUUCCUCCUCCUCCUCCUCCUCCUCCUCCUCCUCCUCCUCAGCCUCGAGGUCGACAUCGACGCCCGUGCAGCCUCCAGCAGGCAGCAACGGAGUCGCGGCCGCCGCGGCCGCCAACAGAGCUCGUCCCUCGGAGGACUACUUGGAGCAAUUCAUGCGAGUCGACCAAACGCAGAACAUCCUCUGGCGUCAGUUGGCCGACCGGUUUCAGCGCAGUCUGGCGCCCAACCAAUGCGGCGUGUGUAGCAAAGUUCUCAGCUGUAGGAGUGCCCUGACGAUGCACUAUCGAGUGCACACAGGUUAG